UUCCUUCAUUCUUGUCAUUAUCUUGAUACCUUUGUUUUUUCCCAUCUUCAAAGAGAUCUCAACCCCUGUUCCGAAACAAUAAUUCCGUUCUGGUACUAUCAAUUGUCUGAUUCGGUUUCUAUCUUGAGCACAAAUUGCAACCCUUCUCGGGACUUUCCCAUACUACGUCCGGCCUCAGCGCGUAUCCACUCCCCAUCACGACACGAACAUUUUCCAUCAACGGCCCUGCAGGAUCAGGUGUCAUCAUGUUGUGAACUUGUCUGUUUCAUAUAUUGACACGUCAGAUUGGUCAUUAAUCUUACAAUUAUGUCGCCAUUUACUACUUCUUCCAGCGUGUCGCACAGCCUCCCCAGCGUGCCACUCGCCAGCAAGUUGAGCGAGCAGCUAUCGCAGCGGAGGGACCUAAAUGACUCGGGAACCACUUAUAAUAAUGUGACCGGGAAGAACAGUUUACUCGGACCUCCAUUGCGCCCGUCACCCAAGUCACGAUCUCUAUCCGACGCUUCAAAACCCACUUCCCGCUCCACCUCCAAAUCCGACGACAGUCGGCCUUCCAGCAAAGAUGACAUCUCCCUGUCAUCCGUCCCCGAGACCCCGCGACGGCCAUCCCUAAACCAAGAAUUACAACUCCACCUACCCGCGAAGCCCACAACGCCAUCCUCGGUGUCCAGCCAAGCCCCCUUAUCCCCGAAGCUCGACUCUUCUCAGAUCUACGGCUCGCCAGGAUCAGUCCUUCCCCGUCGCUCGCGGGGAUUGGAUUUUUCGCGUGCCUGCACCAACCUCCAUCACUCGACUCUUGCAGAGUCCUCUCCAGAUUCUUCUCCGAUCAUCGGCGGGCGCGGUGUGCAGAUCCCACAACGCCGCGGCUCCAUCGGCUCCACCUCAGUUCAUCCGUUCUCUACCUCCGGACCCGCGGAUCGGGCCACGGUAUCCAGUUCCGUCUCGAGCGUCAAUAUGAUAGAAUCCGACACCAGUAGCAGUGAGGACGAAGAGGACGAGGCUAUGAUGGGAGAUAGGGACGACAUGAUGAUCACCAAUACCCCGCAGGCAAACAAAAUGAGUCACGGAAUGAGUCCUUUUGCGCCUGGUGGGGUCUCUAGCCCUGGAAAUGACUGGAUGGGGGGAUACUCCCAAGCGGCGACCAGUCUGAUGAGCUUUCAGCGAGCCCGAAUUCGCAGCAAAGGGGCCCGUAGUAGGCACAGCUCCAGCAGCGCCAGUGGCAAUAGCUCGAAGCCUAGUCCUGGCCCGCUGUCCCCGCCGGUGAUGAAGAGCAUUGAAAACCCGGGUAAUGGGUAUUUUGGAAGCCGAACUGGGGCGGCCGCUACGCGGAGGGAAAGUUUGAGCUUCGGUGCGCGGGAACUUCGCUUGUCGGACUUUAGUGACGAGGGUGAGGGCCGCGCUGGGCGUGGUCACAGCCCAACUACCUCCAACUCCGAGGGCGGGUACCUUGGGGUCAUUCGCCGCGCUGUGACGCGACGUGGGAGUUUAUUGCCAAAGACAAAGACGUUCGCGCGGAUACGAGCUGCAUUAAUGGAGGAAAGCGCUCCCGUUGACAGCGACUCCAAGCGUGAAGCCGAGGUUAUUCGACAAGUCCGCGAGAGCGAACCGGGCAUUCCGCAGACGUCGCCGGAGAUGACAGCCCACGAUUAUGUAUCGCCUGGCGGGAGCGUGGCUCACCCCGUCGAUCUGCCCGGAAAGGCUCCUUCCCACGACGAGCCGAAUUUCAGCGAGCAAGCGCAUCGAAACUCCGCCGGGGCUGAUUUCUGGAACAAUUUCGACGAACGUUACCGCACGCCACCGCCCUCGUUCCGGCAAGCCGCCGCAUCGUCUGUGUCGGAAGACGAGCUGGCGAUGGACUUCACGCCGUCUGCCAGAGCCGGAUCCUCCGCUGGAGAGUUUGCCAAACCCGGAGAGAGACCGUACUCACGGGGUUCUACGCCCCUGCAGAGCCAUUCCGCCGCCGUUGCGGAGAUCAAGCGAAAGCGACGACGGGAAGACGACUUCGACCCCAACCUAUUUAAACGUCGCGCGGUGUCGCCAAGCAUGAGCGCGCAGAGCAGUCCCAUCAUGCCGAACUCGCCCGCGGUGAAAGAUUACAGCUCCAACAUUUGGGGACCGCCGCCCAAAUCAAACCUGGGAUCGCUAUUCGCGGAUCAUCCACAGCCAGACCACGGGUCUCGGAACGCGCCGACCACACCUCACACGGGGACCUUGAAGCGCGUGGGAUUGCAGGGGAUGACGGAGACCAAUGACGGCCUGAUGAAUAUGAGUAUUGAGUAGGCAUUGCAUGGGUGGUAGGAUUUCAGUUUGUCACCGCUUUUCGAUGUUGUUCUUUUUUUAGCGUGCACAUUCAUGGAUAGGGUAUAUUGAUGGUGUUUGUCACUUGGCGUCUGGGAGAUGCUUGAGCGUUGUGGGAUAUCUGUAUUCGAACUAGCUAAGCGUAUGAUAUGAACCUGCUACAUCACAG